UAAUGACCAAGACAAAACAACACAGUGAAGUUGAAGCAAAAUUGUUUUUCAAACUUGUGAACAUAAAAUAAGGAUUUUGUUUUAACCCAUGUUACCCCUGCAAAUAAAAAAUCAUUGGCAGUUGUGGAUCUAGAAACUACUCAAAAGUAAAGAAAGAAAGAAACCUUCUUUAUUGAUAAGCCUUAGCUGGCUAUAUAGCUUAUAAACCAAACCCAAACUAGAAAAAUUAAAACCAACCCAAAGUAAAGCAAAGAAAAACUCGGCUGAGAGAGCAAUGGAGAGAAGCAAAGCGAUGAUGGUGGUAGUGGCAGCUAUGGCAUUUGCCUUAGUGAUGGUGGUGCCAAGGGCUGAUGCUACAAGGUUUAUUGUGGGAGCAAACAUGGGGUGGACUACUAAUGUGAAUUACACUAUCUGGGCUCAAGGCAAGCACUUUUACAAUGGAGACUGGCUCUUUUUCGUGUACGAUAGAAACCAGAUGAAUGUGCUAGAGGUGAACAAGACAGACUAUGAGUCAUGCAAUUCUGAUCAUCCACUUCACAACUGGACGACAGGAGCUGGAAGGGAUGUGGUUCCACUAAACGUGACUCGCCACUACUAUUUCAUUAGUGGCAAAGGGUUCUGUUUUGGGGGCAUGAAGCUAGCAGUCUUGGUCGAAAACCCCCCUCCACCUCCCACAUCCAGUCCAUUAAACGAAAAGAGUGGCUCACCAAGUUCUAUUUACAGGGGACAGAUUGUUUUACCAGCUGUUUUCGCCAUUGGUGCACUGUGGGAUGCAUUUGUCCGCGUCUGGUAGUAAAAUCCAGUCCAGCAAUUGUGAAAGAAAUUGAGUGAUAUUCCCAUUUUCUUCUUAAAUUAUUGGUGCAAUUUUUCAUUUUUUUUCCCUCCCAUUUCAUGUUAGUUGACCUGAACUAGCUAGGGGGUGUUGUGAAAUCUUUAGGGUAGUGAAUGGUGUUUGAAUUUGGUGAUGUGUUGGGGUGUGCUGACAGAGAAGCAUUUGAUGCUUUAGUUGUGGCAAAAUGCAAUGAUAUUGAGAUUUGGAAAUGAAAUUAAACUCAUGCGGUCCAAUGUAGCAUGUGGUAGGUCAGUUUGUCAAAUGCUUUUCCAUCCCAAAAUGGC